GCAUGAAGUCGAACGCACCUAUAUCCUUCGACGUGACGUGUAUUACGUUUAGCCACGCGUUAACUCUGCGUCUGGUACUAGCGAAUUUGACAGUUCUUCUGCCAUGUCUCUACGGUGGGUCGUCCGCGGUCUUCGCACCCCGAUCCAGUGCGUUGUGCAAGCCACUGUGUCCUCCACGAGCCGGCGCUAUGCCGCCAUUGCCGCUGCCAGGUCGGUGCUGGAGAACGAACUUGAAACGAUCAGAUCAGGUGGAACGUGGAAAGGGGAGAGAAUCAUAACCUCGAAGCAGGGAUCGCAUAUCAGCGUGGACGGAAGUUCUGGCGACAUAUUGAACUUCUGUGCUAAUAACUACCUGGGUCUGUCCAGCCACCCAGAGGUGGUGCAGGCUGGGAUCACAGCGCUGCAAACGCACGGGGCAGGGCUGAGCUCCGUACGCUUCAUCUGUGGAACACAGGACCUCCAUAAGGACCUGGAGAGGAAACUGGCCCAGUUCCACGAGAGGGAGGACUGCAUCCUGUAUGCCAGCUGCUUUGACGCCAACGCCGGCCUGUUUGAGGUUCUGCUGGGCCCGGACGAUGCGGUUGUGUCUGACGAGCUGAACCACGCCUCCAUCAUAGAUGGGAUCCGUCUGUGUCGGGCCCGAAGGUUCCGCUAUAGACACAUGGACCUGGGAGACCUGGAGGCCAAGCUGCAGGAGAGCCAGGUAGCCAUGGAGACCUACAAGUAGCCAUGGAGACCCACAGGUAGCCAUGGAGAUCCACAGGUAGCCAUGGAGACCCACAGGCUCACUUCUUGAAUGACGGGACUGUGUUUCUCCACUGUGAUGCCUUGCACUUCCUCCUGGCCUCCCAGAACUGCUGUUGCUUAAUAACCCAUGAAUCAUCUUGAUGUUUAGAAUUUUGUAAGUUCCCUUGUUUAGUGAAAUAAUUCCAAGUUUCGAAGUGAAGACAAGUCAAAUAUGAGGCUAGAGAGAUCCAGGGGAGAGCAGGAGAGAAGUCCCAACAAGUGACAAAUAAAUCAAGUCCAAAACAGACGCACUGGAAAUCAGAGUCUGAAGGUUUAUUGGACAGAGUAUCCAACAAGUGAGCGUGCUCCCAAGAGCAGACUGCCGUUUCUCUCUGGACAGUCUCUUAUAUACUGUUUUUUCUUCCUAUUAUUUGUGUCAUUUUUGCUAUUGGUACAGUACAGUUGGUCGCAGACACAUCAUGCACCCCAACAUUAUUGGUCCCUUUUCCUGGGGUUUCAGAUAACAGGUGUUUUCCUAAUACAACGACGAUUCUCCCAAUUUACGACUAGUGGCACUGGCCCUGUGACAAUUCUCCCAAUUUACUGUCGCUGAACUCUGCAGGUACAGAUAUGAGUGUGUGGGCGGCGCAGGGUCUCUAACGUGCCACUUGAUUUAUAGUUGGGGAGCCUCGUGCCUGUGAAAGUAGAAGCAUAUCUACAAAAAAAAAAAAAUCCCGCAUUCCUCAGCCCCUAAUAUCCAGAUCUUUACACUUUGGGCUUAAUAUCUUCUACCAGUUUAUAGUAUUAAUAAUAAUCAGUCAACAGCUUAACAUAUGGUUUCCAGUAAUAUAGAAUAUACUAAAAAGAUAUACAAAAGUGUCAUUUUAAAUCAGAUAAACCAU